GUGGAAUGACGCCUAGGUCGGAGGUAGACUGAAGUAGACUGUAAUUACGAGAUUCCCUAUCGCUGGCGGUCGGUAAUGACUCGUUCCGUAAUCGUGCCGGUGCCAGCAGGUAGUAACCUUCCAACGCAUGCUGCGAACGCCGCGAUCGAGAUAAUUUUGGCGCUGAACCCACGGGGCGAAGCACGUCGCGUGGACGUCGGUAUAUCCCGAGGAUAUUUUUGUCGUCUACUGGUCGCUGUACCUCCUCGACGAUCGCGCAGUUAUCUUUUUCUUGUUCUGUACAUAUGCUGAUGUAAGCGCUUUCUUCGAGUGAAUUUGCGCAGUUACGAGAGUGAGUAAACGAGCGAAGGAGCGAGCGAGCGAGCGAGCGAGUGAGCGUAAAACGCACAUCACCCCUUAAAAUGCAGCCAAAUAGGCACCGAAUCAGCGUCGAAUCGGAAUGCAUUGCUUGGAAAGAGGAGAGAAGGCAAGCGGCGAUUUGCGCGUGGGCGUUUGGAUGAAAAAGAAGGAUGCCAGCAGCUGGUGCGGCCGUGCCGGCCGUUGCCGAAGGGGGUCAGCUGGAGGAUUUAGACGAGCCGCCGGAGCCACGUGCUCGCGGUGGUGGCGGACGGGCCGGCUUGAUGAAACCCCUGGUGGUAUUGGCCCUACCUGGGAUGUACCUCUUCUACAAGUACAGCCAGUACAGACGAGAGCAGCGCGAGCUUUCGCGCAGAAGAGUCACCGAGCGGGAGCUUCAGCAUCUUCAUCACAAAAUCGACAAGUUGCUGACGAAAUUGGAGGAAAAUGAGCCGGAGUUGGCGUCUUCGCAGGAGGAUGAGUGCGUCAUAUGUGUAAACGCGAGAGCGACGAUGCAAACGGCGCCGUGUGGGCAUCGAGUAGUCUGCAGACGCUGUUUCGUCAAGACGAUACAAAUGGCGGUGUCUCAGAGGCUCUUGCCGCUGAGAUGCGUUAUAUGCAGAGCGAAAAUUCUACGGCUGAAACAGACCCUCAUUCCGCGUGAUUAUUCGAUGUCGGGUAAAUCCUGGGUACUCCCGCAAAGCGCAUCGGAAUACAACAUGGGUACGGGCGUUACCGCCGGCGUUUCCGGGCCGGGUGGCAGAUGGGGAGCCGGAAGCGUACCAGCCUCUGCCUCUCUAUACUCGAUGGCCAGUGGUUCGUCCUCCAUCUCUGGAGUGUCUUCCGUCUCUUCGGCAACUUCCUCGUCCGCGAAUAGCACAGGAAGCUCCUCGCUCGGCAAACCCACGAGGUUACGGCAACCCACGGGCGCAACCCUAAGACGCUCGCAAACGCAAUCGAUGAAAAUGCGGAUUCAGGAGUAUCAGGAUCCGAUUCAGCAAGUCACCGAGGAAGAGGAUAUGAUGCGGGAGAGCCGGGAGCGCCGAUUACCGCCGAUCAAGGAAUUCCAGAGAGACUAUCGUGCGGGCAAAGCCUCCACUAGAAUCAGAUGUGCUCAAAAAAUCGUGACGCAGCUGGAAACGUCGCCGAGCCCGAGAAGCGCGCCCGGCGUGACAACGUCGACGUCGUCGUCGUCGGCGUCGUCGUGCGGCCGCGCCGCCUCGAAGCGAUCGGCGACGGCGCCGAAGAUGUCGGUGGUCCAGGAGGUGCAGAAGUCGAAGAAGGAGAAGGAACGGGAGAAGGAACGCGAGAAGGCGGAGAAGGCGCGGCAGAAGGAGGAGGAGAAGGCGGAGAAGACCAGGCAGAAGGAAGCGAAGAAGCUGGCGAAGGAAGAGAAGAAGCGAGCGAAGAAGGAGGCGAAGGCGCGGCGGAAGGAAGCCGAGGAAGCCCUCCUGAGGGACGAGAAGUAGGAGUCUGAAAGGAUCUCAAUAUGAGUAUCGAGGGAUCGAUCGUUUGCGGUACAGGUGUCCUGAAGGGUCCUCGAGACUGAUGGGGAUUCCCAGUAUUCUGUACCCGGCGGGGGAUCGAUAUCACGUACGGGAUGAGUUACGGACGUUCGUGUAAUUGCAAGAAUAACGGCACUCCGCAAAGGAUGUCGCUCUCGUGUCUCUUGAAAAUUCCAACAGCCAGCUAUCGACUAAUGAACAUGGCCUAGCACGAGAGCGGUUUUGUGAGAAGCGAACACUCGGCGCAAUUAUAGCGAUCUUGUUGGUAUUAAUAAAUCCGACUCUUCUCUCUUGCGCCGGCAUAUUCAUGGCUCGUUCGUUGUUUGAAUGGAGCUUUAAUAAUUAAACGUCUCGAAUAGCUCUUCGUAACUCAUCCCGAACUGUUCGUCAUUUUAAAACGUAGGCUCGUGAGAGGGGCGGUGAGGAGAAGUAUACCUAAAAAAAAAAAAAUCUAGAAGCGGCCAAACUUAGUAACCCGUCAUAUCGAGUUAUCGCGGACUAAUACUAUUAUCGAUAGGAAAACUCGAGCAUAGCGCUACAAUCUAGAAUCCAAACGAAUUAUUUCGACAUCUUAAUCAUCGCGCGAUUUUUUUUCACUCCGAAACCAUCUAUCUCAUUUUCUGAAAUUUAUUUAAACCACCCUGCCAAAGAUUUUGAAGCAGUCAAACGUGAUAACAUUUUAGACUUAAUAAAAAAAGAAAAGACGCGCAAACGUGAUCUCUAUCAGUUAUACGAACAAUCAUCGCAAAGUGUAAUCAAUUCACAAUUAAUUCAUUUGUGCGACAAGCAUCUUUAUCGUGACAUUUAAUCGCCGACCGCCAAUUCGAGAUAAUCGAUAAUCCUGUUCCUCCAGUCAAUUUAAACUAGUCAUCGUGUCCUCGCCUACGACAUAAAAAAAUAUUCGACUCUCGAUCCUUUUUAUCCUUAUCCUACUUUACCAUCUCAUAUCAUUUCAGUAGAGAAUCGCGCGGAGCAAAGUGCUUGCAGAAUAUAAAUAUAAUUUUUCUAUUUUACUAAUAAUCCAGUAAAAAAGAAUUGCACGAAUCGACACACUUUUCAACAAUAUUCUAAUGUAUAAGAAAAAUUAACUUUUAGCUAAAAAAGGCUCAAUGCAGAAGUAUAAAAAUUUAGAACUCUAAUUUAUAGCACCUUCUCCUUUCCAAAUUUCACUUAUUAAAUCGACGAAAAAGAGACGCAAGCAUUUUUCUCUGCUUUCUACUUUGCACUACACAUCAAAUAUCCCCCAUUAUCAUCUCGUAUGUUGUAAAUACACCCGCAGAGAAUUUCACGAACGGACGUGAAGGACUUUCGUGCCGCGAGCAAAGUCGUACACGAGUCGCGUACGAGGAUAGCCUAAUAAGAUCGAUUUGUUAAAACGCGAAAGGAUAUACCUAAUAACGAGAUAGUCUUAUAUAGUACAAUAUACAUUUAUAAAUAUAUAUAUUAUAUAUUAUAAAAAUAGGCAGAGAGCAGAAAUUUUUGAAAACGCAGCGCGUGUCUCGUUACUGUUCGUGAAUUUGUAGGCUCGUAGAAACUCUUGUUAACGAUUAUCCUUCGGUUCGAACCUUUCUCGCUCGGCAAUACACGGGCGAUUAUUAUCUAAACUAAUCAAGCAAUUAAUUAUGAAAUCUCUAUACUCUACGACGUUCAGUAGAUUUCUCGUACAGAUUUAAGGAUGCAAGUUACAUGAGAUUUACGCGCUGAUAGCUUUAACGACGAAAACCCCUGUGUCGUCGCGACACACACACACACACACACAUACAUACAUAUAUACACACACAGAUACAAUAAUACAUAUACAUCCGGAUCUCGAUUGUCUAUCGCCUUGCGAGUCUCCCGUAAGCAGCUGAAAAAUCAAAAGCAAUUUUUUUACCAAGUCUGCGCAUCAAGAAUAACUGCAAGUCUCGAUAUCAAAAGGAACAUUGAGUAGGAAAGUAGUUCGACGCGAAAAUCUACCAGCUAGAUAGACGACAACCUUGUCGGCAAGGAAACCCAAUGUUAUUUUCAGCAGUGCAUUUAAUAGCAAUGACGGUUUGAUAAUAAUGACAAUACUUUUUUUGUAACCGAAAGAAAACCGCAGGCGAGCGUGAAAUCUUUCGGCAGCCACGUGCUAUUACGAGCUGUCGCGUUAUGAUAGUAGAACGGGUGAGAAAGUCUCAAAUGCCAUUUCUUGUCCUUUCGUUACCUCGCUCUGUGAGAUCGAGCUCGAUGCACAGUUUUAACAUGAACGAAAGAUAAUCAAACAUCGGACGGUAUUUUAAUAAGCUACGAUACAAAAUAUAGUAGAAUCGUGAAGAAUCGCGAACCAUACCUGCAUGAAAGCUCAGUUCCUAAAGUUGAAAUCAAACAUUUAAAUUAUAUGCGACAGUUCGGAGAGCAAAGUAUACAAUUUAUUCAAGAAUCUUGAACAUUUAUCGUUGUGUAAAAAACAAAAUUAAAUAUCAAAUUUUUUAUUUAUAGUAAGAUAAGACAUUCACGGUAUGGUUCGACGAUUUGGAAACCUAGUAAACAUGAUCAAAGUAAGGCAUCAGCGUUACCGAAAACACGAAUGCUGCAGCAUUCGAGAAGAAUUGGAUUUUAAGCGUAUACUAAAAGCGAGCGUGCACAUAUCAGUAGUAAUUAGUCGAUUUUAAUUAGCGUUCUCGUGUAAACCGCAUUAUGCCGCUACAAAACGACCCAAUUUCUGUUUGUCUACGGUGAAUGCCGGCAGAAUAAAGUAAUUACAAGAUAUAAUCACAAGCGACAAUGAGGUUAAUACGACAACGCUAUUAAUUAGCAUGUAACGUUAACCGUCAAUUAUUGUAUCCGUUGCAUCGAGCCCAAUUGUGACGAGUCCGACGGCACAUUCAACAAUCAAAAUAAGCGCAUUGAUCGAUGUGGAUCCUCGAUUGAUUCAUGAACAGACUCGCGGAGGCUCAAGACGAGUACGAAAACUUUUGCAGAUGAGAAUUGGAAAAUUGUGGAAGAAGGUAAUCUAUAUUCUAUAAUUGAAUUUCUCGUUUUUAUAUUGAGAAACAUAAUUUUUAGAAAAAAAAAAAGAAAUGUUUCUGGACUCAGCAAAAAUAUUCUGCGUAAAUAUCGAAGAGGCGGAUGCAAGAAGUUUUUGAAAAUUGCGAUACGCUCGAGGAUCGUCAUCGUGAGAAAUCAUUAAGCAUUUAGGAUCUAGGAAACUUUCCUUACGGCACAUGCGAGCGCGAGACUUUCUCGAAUCCCGCUGGAAGCGGAGGAAGCUGUAGAUGCAAAUCGCAAUUAGCGUGCGUCUAGAAUGCGGGAACGCGGCGAAGAAGCACGAUUUUCUCGCCAUCGUCAUGUCAAUUUAUCGAGCACACCAUAUACACGCGACGUUAAUAAAUCCGCGCGCGGAUGAUGAUCAGCGAGUAUUCACGACGGCUCCCGUCAGACGGCGACCAUCGCAUUUGCAAAAAUCGAUACGAUCUGAUUUCUCUAAGUCACGCCAACGGGAAAUGCCUACGUCCGCGACAAGAUUAUAUCGGGAUAAAAAGAGCGCGGGAGCGAAAUACAAGAGUUCUCGUCGAACGGGUCUCGCGCGAGGCGCGAAUCUCUUCGACACAGUCGAUUUGUUAAUCCUUGCAACGGACUUUCAACUAUUAUGAUUGAAUUUCGCAAACUAAAUUCUCUCAGCAAUUUAAUCUUUUCAAUAAAUAAAUGGUAAUACUUGCGAUACGAUAAAGAGCAAUAUCAAUUCUAUUUUUCAUUAUUUGAUAUAAUGAUGCACGGAAUAGAAUAGCUAUAUUCGACAAAUUAUAAAAACAUAAAUUAAAAUUAUAUAAAAAAAAGAAAACAAGUUAAAAGCAAAUUGCGCAUUUCUGCUAAUAUGUAAUGAGACAUCUGCGCUGAAAAUAUAUUUUGAUUCAUCACAAUAGUUGAGGAUUAACAAUAAAAAAGCAAAAAAAAAAAAAAGAAACAAAAAUGCAGAAAAGACAAGAUAGCGUAAUCGUUGGCAAUAAUCUUCGGUUUAAGGAGGAGAAAAAUGUGUGUAGAAGAAGAGGGAGACGAUCGUGUCUUGUCUGUGUGAUAGUGCGAAACGCGUAUAUCACGGUUAGACGUAACGAGAACGAUUUUAUUGUACUUUAUUAUAUAAGGCAGAAAAUUUGUAGGCAGUUUAUAUUAGGCCGGCAUAUCGACACGGCGAUUCGCGUCCUGCAAAAGAAAGGACUAGGUGCAAUUGUCGUUUCGAGUUUCAACGUAAUGCUCGCGUAACGACUCCGAAAUCCCACGUUCUGUCUUUUUAUCCGAAGAAAGAAAGGAUAUUAAAAAUUUUUGCGUCAGCUGAAAGUAGGUGAAGCUAAAUAUUGCCUUCCGUUCGAAAGCUAGCGUUGCCGUGUUUCGUUUCUCUUCCUAAAAUCUCUUCACAGUAAUUUUCUUUCGAAACAAGGCAUUGUACGAUCUGAAAAAAAAAGAAACUGUGGGCGUAAUUAAGGAGCGCGAGUUGCAUAAAAUCAAAAAUCAUCCAUGGCCGAACGUGCCGUGGACAUUGGACGCGCGCGGUCCGCAGUCGCAACACAGAGAUAAUCUCUCACGCUCCUCAAUCGACGCUCGCCCGGAUACUCGUUAUAUUCGAAGCGCGUUGAAAGACGACAAACUUGACACUAAUAUUAAUCACGGGAUGUUUAUAUCGUAGCAGAUAAGUGCUAACAGCUAGAGGACGAGUAGCGUUUCGGUUCAUCCACUACGAGCUUCUUAGAAAUUUUUCAAAGGGCUGUGACGCCCUCUUUCCUCUUCUCGAAUCUAUACAAUAUAUCUUCGACUGCAUCUCGGAUCUCAUCGACUCGCGCUUGACAAAUAAGACGAGAGAUAUAAAAAUGGCUUGAGCGGUUGAUUUUAUCGAGUCUAUUUUUAGUAGUUUUGUUCAAAGACUAAAACAGACGAAGAGAAAAGGGAAAGGUGAAGCGAAACUUAUAAAAAAGAUUGUAUUAUGCGAUGUGUUGCGAUCUGUAAGAACAGAUAAUGAAUAUAAACAACAAAUCAAAUAAAACGUUACGAUAAAUGUUA